AAAUUAAAAACAUUUACCUUCAAACAAAAGGAAAUAAUAUUAUUCUGCGAGGAUUAAACAAAAAAAAAAUAUUGAUUCAAUUAAAGGAAACAAUUUUUGUGUGAUUUAAUAAAAAAUUGUGCAAAAAUCAGAAAAGUUUUGUAUUUAUUAAGAAAAAGUGAAUCAAUAAAAAACUAAAAUCACUACUGGUUAAUUCGUGCUGGAGGAAGAAUCAAGUGAUAGGCACCAACAGAGGACUUCAUCUGAGUCCCCUUUAUCAGGUGUUUAAAAAAUAUAAAAAUUGUUGCUGUUUAAUGUGUUGGCUGUUUAUAUUCCUUUUUUCAUUUUAAUUAUUUUUUCUUCAUAAUUUUAAUUUAUUUUUUUUGUUAAAUAAUUCCGAAAAGAAUUUCUUGGUUGUUAAAUAUUAAUAAGAAAAAAGGAUACAAAAAAACUUGAACAGAAAAAGUAAAAUUAAAAAAUAUUUUAAAUGGAAAAUUUGUGAUUUUUAAAUUUUUCCACAAAAUAUAACAAUUGAUAAAUUGCGGACAUGCGAACGGAAUUGGCACCCUUGAUUGUUGUGAAGCAGGAAUUUCCAGAUUUUCGCAUUGAUGGCAAUAGAAUAAGUGAAAAUGGUGAAGAGAACAAUAAUAACUUUACAACCAUUAAAAGUGAAAAUGAUUGCAAUAAUAAUCAACCUGAGGAUUUAAACUCAAUUUUGUUAGGAAAGAAGAGUGCAUCAAUAUCUGAUAGAUCUCAAACAGACUCAAAUCUCAGUGAAGAGCGCAUAUCUGUUCGUCGAAGUCUAACAGAUAGCUUAGCUGUUUCAAGUAUGUUGUUGUUGCAGCCACAACAAAGUUCCUUCAGCUCUUUAUCACCAUCACUAGAUUUUUUAUUACUACAACAACAACAGCAACAAGAAGAAUUAUUAAGUCAACAACAGCAAUCAAUUCACAAUCUCGAAUCAUCAUUUUCGGAUAUCUUAUUUUCACAAAAUCAACAAGAUCGUGCUUUUAUUGAACAUCAGACAAACCAUUCCAAUUCAUCAAGUGAUACGCUUGUUGGCAUUGAGGAAGAGACAUCGCAAGAUUUAUUGACGCCUACGAUAACACAUUUUAAAGAAGAGCCUCCGUUCCUAACGCAUCCACAUACGCCAACAAAUCCACGGAGUGUCGAGCAAGAUCAAGACUUAAUAUUUGAGACAUCGUCUACAGAAGAAUUAGGUUUAUUGAGUUUGAGAUCAAGCAGUGAUCCUACUUUAUCAAAUACAUCAAGACAACCAGUUGAACCAUCACCAGCAGUUUCAGUGAAUAUUCAACGACCACAGACAUCUGCUGAUUUAUUGGACCCAAAUCCAAUUUUACCUAGCUUUCAGGAUACAUAUCCAAUAAAGUACAAUCAACUUGCCGAUUUCGGUUUAAAAAUGGACGAAGAUUGUUUCAAUGUUACUAGCCACACAACGGGUGUUGCAAAUUAUCAGCAAGGUCAUCAUGCCACUCCUUAUAGUGGAUUUCAAACACAUUCAGAAUAUUUGCAAAAUGUUGGUAACUUUUAUCAACAUCAUCAUUACGAUUCACAUCCAAUGUACGGCACGACAUCUCACGAAACGUAUUCGUUACCAACAUUCCCAACUGUGUCAGAUCUCAAUGUAACGGCACAAACAACUCGUCGUGCAUCGCUACCUUUACAAAGAUCUGAAUCAACAUCGAGCAGCGAGAGCCCAAAGCCACCUAAACUCACACCUAUUUAUAGUAAAUAUUCAACGACAAUGCAAAGCACUUCCAGUUCUGCAUCAAGUUCACCAUCAUGUAUUAAUAAUAAUAAUCCAAAUGUUUUGAAUGCGAAUGAAAUAUCAGCAAUGUCGGGUAUAACGACAAUUUCUGGUUCAUCAGCAGCUAUGGCUCAAAAAAUCGCACAUCAAAAUCCAUCACAAUUAUGUGCUGUGUGUGGUGAUACUGCUGCAUGCCAACACUAUGGUGUUCGUACAUGUGAAGGAUGCAAAGGAUUCUUCAAACGAACUGUCCAAAAAGGCGCGAAAUACGUAUGUCUCGCUGAUAAAGCGUGCCCAGUUGAUAAAAGACGAAGAAAUCGAUGCCAGUUUUGUCGAUUCCAAAAGUGUCUUGCUGUCGGCAUGGUUAAAGAAGUUGUGAGAACUGACUCGUUAAAGGGUCGUCGUGGACGUUUGCCAUCAAAACCAAAAUCACCACAAGAAUCACCGCCAAGCCCACCAGUGUCACUUAUAACGGCAUUAGUUCGCGCACAUGUUGACACAAGUCCCGAUCUUUCCACAUUAGAUUACAAUCAAUAUCGUGAGCCAUCACUUGUAGAGCCAUCAAUAUCCGAAUCAGAGAAAAUACAACAAUUUUACAAUUUACUAACAUCUUCCGUUGAUGUUAUCAGACAUUUUGCUGAGAAGCUACCCGGCUUUAUUGAUUUAUGUCGUGAAGAUCAAGAUCUUUUAUUUCAAUCAGCAUCAUUAGAGCUAUUUGUCUUAAGACUUUCGUAUCGCGCACGCAUUGACGACACAAAGAUUGUUUUCUGCAAUGGAACUGUUUUACAUAAACUACAGUGCCAGCGAUCGUUUGGUGAUUGGUUGAAUGCCAUUCUGGAGUUUAGUAAAAGCCUACACGCAAUGGAAAUUGAUAUUUCAGCCUUUGCGUGUUUGUGCGCUUUAACACUCGUUACAGAGCGCCAUGGAUUGAAGGAACCGAAGAAGGUUGAACAAUUACAAUUGAAAGUGAUUAAUAGUUUACGCGAUCAUGUCACAUACAACUCUGAAGCACAACGAAAACCACAUUAUUUCAGUCGAUUGCUUAGUAAAUUACCUGAAUUACGAUCAUUGAGUGUUCAAGGUUUACAGCGAAUCUUCUAUCUUAAACUUGAAGAUUUAGUUCCAGCACCACCACUCAUCGAAAAUAUGUUUGUUGCCAGCUUGCCUUUCUAAAUCUAAUUCCCGACUUACCCUAUCAAAAAUUGAUAUAAUAUUGCUGUUUUAAAUGAUAAACUUAUACAUAUCUUAAACAAUUCCAUCUGUCAAAUUUAAAAAAUUUCAUAAGGGGCUGAACAAAAAUGUUUACGUUCUCCAAAUGACCUGACAACUUACAAUCACAAUCAAUUAUAACUUUGUAAAGAUAAAGGAAUCAGUUCGCUGAAAAUCAUAUUAUUACCAUUAUUGUUAUUUCCUUUCAUUAUUAUUGGACUAAAAGAGAGAAGAAAAUACCUAAUGAAUUUAAUGACGAAUUUAUUUUUAAUCCAGUUUAGUUUUGAUUGUUUUGUGAUCGAUCAGAUUAACAUACGUAUGCCAUAUUUCAUGGAGAUUUUUCACAAAUUACCGUGAUUACUUUUUAUUUUUAUUUUCAAAAUUGAGAAAUUUAAUUCAACAUCUGACUACAUUGUCCAAAUAAAUAAUUCUAUAAUGUUUUAAUUUCUCAUUGACUAUCAUCCUCCAAACUCAAGUGUCUUUAAACACAUCAUGCUUUCUUCUCCUUUCUAUCAA